AUAAAGCAAAUAGAUCGCUACGUUCAUACUCUUUCGUCUAUAAAAUUCUAAUCACAAUCUAAAGACACAAACACUCCGUCACAAAUUGUCAUUUAACAAUUUUAGAACAAUUUAUAAAGCAUUAUUGAACCAAUUCUCCUAGCUACAAUGUUCAAAAAGGUUCACAUACAAAACCCACAUGACGCAACGUGUACGGAGAAAACACAUUACAUCGAAUGCACGGAAUGCAGAACCAGAGCGAAGUCAGUUAUCUACAUUUGCGCAUCAGGUCAUGUGAUAAGCAAAACCUGUCAAGACGAUAACGGGAAUGAAGGUGGCGAUAAUAUACCUGAAAGGGACUACGGUCCUAAUAAUCCUAUUCGUGAACCUAAGAAAUCGUUUGAGACGAUCAAAACAGAGGACUUGGCUAGCGGUGAUCACGAUGCAGUAGUUAUAAAAUCGAAUAGUGAGGGCAACAAAAAUGCAAGGAAUAUUGUCGGAAAGGUUACCGGUUCAAAGAGUAAUCCUGAAACAACAAUCGAAUAUAAAAAUGAAAAUUUCCUGGAGAGCAAAUCCAGUGAGACGUUAACCGUAGAGACUUGCAAAAAUAUUGCAACAAAAGAAGAACUGUCUAAAUUCAAAGUUGUAUUAAGACCGGUAAUAUGUCCCGUAUCAAACUGUUCCAAAAUGGUGACAAUCAAUACGAUCACGCUACAUUUCCAUUUUGACCACUCCAAGGUGCCAAGAAUAGUUAUGGUUGAAAAUGAACCCCAAGAAGUUUUAUUAAAGCCCGGUAGCGUUACAACUGAAAUACAAUGUAUAGCUACUUAUUUUAUCAAAAAUGACAGUGCAUCUAAAGAAGAUAAGUUAUUACUUCUUAUGGCAGUAAAAUUGCAGACGACGCCCUCUAAAUUACCAAGCAUAAAAUAUGUCUCUUCACGAAUAUUCACAAGAAGCAUUCACACACAAACUGAAAAGCAGCAAAAGAAUAAUAACGUGGACAAAGUGGUGAAUGCUGAAUGUUUGAGUAAAGCUAACAGUCAGAAAUCUUGUAAAAGUAAGGCGAUAUGUGAUGAUGAUGAGGACAUUUUAUUGCUAUGGUUAUGCAAGUUAGACGAUGAAGAAAAUGUGUACAGUAUAACUGUGAUGGGACAAAACCCAAAACGAGGCUACAGUUACAUAGGUAACGCGACUCACAUUAGAGAAAAGCAAGACCCAUCAUCUCUUCAUGAGAAAUCUGAGUGUCUCAUAGUGAAGAGAUCAGCUAUUAGUAGUCUUUGUAAAGUCAGUAACCAGAUUCCAGUUAUUGUAAGAAUCGUAAAUUGAUAAAUAAAAUACAUGUAAACCAUAAACACGUUUUAUUUGUA